AUGUCUCCCGCCCAAACAUAUGACUUUGUGGUGGUCGGAAGUGGCCCUGCAGGCAGCGCUCUCGCCGCAGGCCUCGCGAAUUCGGCAGUACGCCCCCACGUUCUCCUGCUCGAAGCCGGCGAACCCCAGGACGACCGAAACCUUCGUGUAGAUGGCCAAAGAUGGAUCACCUUUCAGAAUCAGAACAUGAACUGGGGUUACAAGACCACUCCCCAGAGCGAUUGCAACAACCGCGAGAUUGAUUAUAGCCGUGGCCGCUGCAUGGGCGGAUCAAGCGCCAUCAAUUUCGGCGUGUACAGCGUGGGCGCGCGUGAUGACUAUGAUGAGUGGGCGCGCAUCACGGCCGAUGACACCUUCGGUUGGAAUGAGAUCCAGCGGAGAUUUAAAGAUCUCGAGACCUUCCACGGCGAGCGGCCCGCCGGCGUGUCCCCAAAGUAUGCCGAUCCACGAACGGAAGAUCACGGGAAUCAGGGACCGUUGCACGUCGGGUACGCCAAGGAAUGGGAACGUGACUUGACGGAGUUGAUGGACGUCUUUGAAGAGGCGGGAUUCCCCUUGAAUCCGGAUCACAAUUCAGGCAAUCCGAUCGGAAUGUCCGUCCUGAUCAACUCGGCUCACAAUGGGCUGCGGUCCACGGCAGGCGACCUGGUGAAAGGGAAGCCCGAGAAUCUGACUAUCAUCACGGGCGCGCCCGUGCAGCGAGUCCUCUUGGAGGGGACCAAGGCAGUCGGGGUAGAGUCCAAAGGAGAACAAUAUCUUGCGUCCAAGGAAGUCAUCUUGAGUGCAGGCUCCCUCAACGACCCUCGCAUUUUGAUGCACUCCGGCAUCGGUCCCGCAGCUCAGCUGAGGCAAUAUCAUCUUCCAGUUGUUUUGGACGUACCGGCCGUCGGCCAAGGCCUUCGUGACCAUUGUUUUGUCCCGCUUGUCAAUAGCCGCUCAGAAACGAGUACGGAGCGAAAGGCAUUCUACGGUAAUCCGGCCGCCAUGGACGACGCUCUGAAGCAAUGGCAAGAAGAUGGAACGGGGCCGUGGGCGAAAUUUGCCUGCGAGUUAGGCAUCGGAUGGUUCAAACUGGACCAACAGUUGAUGUCCACCCCGGAGUUCCAGGCGCUUCCUCGUGAAGAGCAAGAAUAUCUCCGUCGGGAGACGAUCCCCCAUUAUGAGAUCAUCACGCAUUUCCCCGUCCAUUGGUUCAUUCCCGAUUUCCCUGCUGAGGCCCUGAAUUACUCGUGUCUUCUCAUCUUCCUGUUCAAUGCGCAAACCCGAGGGGAAGUCACCUUACAGUCCUCCGAUCCAGACGCACCCCUGGCCUUUAACCCCAAGUUCCUGGCUCAUCCAUUCGACCGUCGUCUGGCCAUUGAGGCUCUGCGGGAUUCCUUGCGCGUGGUCAAACACGAGGGAUACACCAGGAACAAUGUUGCGGACAUGGCGAUGCCCCCGGGCGAGUCGGAUGACGAACUCUUGGAGUAUUGGCGACAAAACAUCUCCUCCAGCUGGCAUAUGACGGGAACCGUGAAGAUGGGUCAGAAGGGCGACCCCGAUGCAGUAGUGGACCCUGACUUUAAAGUGAUGGGAAUCGACAACUUGCGAGUUGCGGAUAUGGCGGUCGUUCCCGUCCUCGUCAAUGCUCACAUCCAGGCCUGUGCCUAUGUGACCGGCUUGACUUGUGCGGAGAAGCUUAUCCGGGAGUAUCACCUGGCGUAG